AUUGACUGUUCUUCUUCUUUCCUGACACUCCGGAUCUCCACAGCACCGGAACGUCGCGAUCUAACGAGUCCAGGAGGACAGUACGUUUUAAACGCUACAUGACACGACUUUUCAAGGACACGUCAAUGUUGGGUCGAGGCGUCAAGCGAAAGAGAAGCUGCUUGGAGGAGCUGGAGGCCGAGGUGCUCCCCGAUGCUGCGAGGAGAGUGGAAAAGAAGCCUCAUGGGGACGAGGACGGAGACGAAGAAGAAGCCGUGUCCAGACCAGACAUGAGCCACCUGCAGCAGCGUCAGGUGGUGCUCAGCCUCUGCUUGAAGAAGCUUCAGGACUACCAGGUCGGCAUGGAGCUCAGCCUCCGCCGCUCCGUGCUGCUCGUCAACACGCUCAGGCAGAUCCAGGAGGAGAUGCAGAGCGACAGGACCAGAGGUCCGGAUUUACACCUCCACAACAUCAACCCCGACUCCUGUCUGCUCAGGGAUAGCUUCGUAGAGGACGUGUCAGUGACGUGUCCCGGGUGUGCAGUGGGAAACUGUGAAGGCCCUGACUCUUUGCCGUUUCCUGAAUGUCCCUCUCUAGAGACAAACAUCUCCACGGAGCAGCAGAAACUUGUGGCCGGCCCGAGCAGUAACACUUUCAGCGACGCCACCAACACUGUGGGCUACCUAAGUGACCUGGCGCUGGACGAUAUCUUUGAGGACAUCGAUACGUCGAUGUACGAGACUUCAGAUCUGCUGUCUGCCUGCGCAGCCGGGUCUUUGUGGCCCAUCAGCGUUUCACUUUGGCCCGACGAGAACAUGAAGUCACAUUCUCCCAUCCAUUCCACAGGAGGAGGUCUCCAGUCGUGUCUGAUGGACCUGAAUGAGCUGGACCACAUUAUAGAGAUUCUGGUAAAGUCCUGAUCACUGGAGCCACCCUGACUGAACCUGGGUGACCAGGGUUUGGACUGAACGAGGCUCUCCAUCGGACUGCAACUGAACAUGUGAAGUCCUGAGGCACAAACUCAACUGCUGGUACCUCGUUUAUGAAGAACCGAUAUGCUUUUACGCUCGGGCUUUGAACUGGGUUUGUCUUCUGUCCAUUUAAUGUAAAUGAACUCUGGCUUUACCCCGACUGUGACAAUAAAACAAUAAUUUAUAGCUUCA